AUGUGCUGUUAUCUAACCCUUGCCAAAAGGGAUGUUGUUGCUUUUUUUUCAAUUUUUCAUUCUAAAUUUCCUCUCUCUCUCUCUAUCUAUCUAUCUAUCUAUCUAUCUAUCUAUCUAUCUAUCUUUCUCUUGCUCACUUUCUUUCUCUUUCACUCUCUCUUUCUAGAUAUCUUUCCCUUUCCUUCUAUUUUUCUCUCUAAUAACUCUCUUUCGCUUUCUCUUUUUCUCCAUUUCCCUCUCUCCGCUUGUCCAUCUUCAUUUCUCUCCCAUUAUAUUCUUUUUUAUUUAUUUCUCUUGCUUUCUCUGCCAUUUCUUUCUUCCUUUCUCACUUUUUCUUUCUUUCUUUCUUCCUUGCUUUUCUCAAUUCUUUUAUCUUUCAAAUUCCCUCCCUCUCUCUCUCUCUCUCUCUAUCUAUCUAUCUAUCUAUCUAUCUCGCUCAGUUUCUUUCUGUCUCACACACUCUUCUUCUCUCUCAUCCUCUCUUUUCAGAUCUCUUUCUUUCUAUCUUUCUCUUUAAUAUCUCUCUUUUGCUUUCUAUUUUUAUCUCUUUCCCUUCUCUGCUUCUCUCUCUUCUUCAUUUCUCUCCAUCUUCCAUUCUAUUCUCUUUUACUUCUUUCUCUUGCUGUUGCCGUUGAUUUCCUUCUUUCUUCCUAUCUCCCCUUUUCUUUCUUUUUUUCUUCCUCGUUUUGUUUUUGCUUCUUUUUAUCAUUUUUCAUUUGGACCAAUGAAAAUGGCAAAAAGAAUAGAAACUUAUUCCUUCUGUUUUUCUUCUUUUCGUUAAAACACAACUGUUGCUGUUGA